CAUUCGCGUGCUUCAGAGAGGGGAGUUUGAAACGUAGCUCUACGGUUCCGAGGGUCCCUCUAUUUAACACACUGUCCCUUCUGGCGAUAACCUCUCCUCCCUUCCCAGACGGUUCCUACUUGCAUCCACAGAAUCUGAAUUUCUUUCCCCAAUUGAUCGAGUUCAGUGCCCAGCGUCCAUCAUGUUCAGCAUUCAGAGACUCGUCUCUGCCCUCCUCCUCGCCGGAGUGGCUCUGGCCUUCUUCGCGCAGACCGCUGAGGCUGCCAAGGGCCCCAAGAUCACCCACAAGGUCUACUUCGACAUCACUCACGGCGAUGAGCCCCUCGGCCGCAUCACCAUGGGUCUGUACGGAAAGACUGUCCCCAAGACCGCCGAGAACUUCCGCGCUCUCGCCACCGGCGAGAAGGGCUUCGGCUACGAGGGCUCUACCUUCCACCGCGUUAUCAAGCAGUUCAUGAUCCAGGGUGGUGACUUCACCAAGGGCGACGGUACCGGUGGCAAGUCCAUCUACGGCGAGAAGUUCCCCGAUGAGAACUUCAAGCUUAAGCACUCCAAGAAGGGUCUCCUGUCCAUGGCCAACGCCGGCAAGGACACCAACGGCUCCCAGUUCUUCAUCACCACCGUCAUCACCUCUUGGCUCGAUGGCCGUCACGUCGUCUUCGGCGAGGUCCUCGAGGGCUUCGACGUCGUCGAGAAAAUCGAGCAGGCCCAGACCCAGCCCGGCGACCGCCCCGCCAAGACGAUCAAGAUCGCAAAGAGCGGAGAGCUGGAGGUGCCCCCUGAAGGUAUCCACGUGGAACUCUGAGCACGUACUGUGACAACCCGUCGCCCCUCGCUGUCUCCUCGUUUUAUCACCAACCCGACACUUUUUUACACCAUUCCACCUUGACUCUUCCCGCUGAUGACCUCCCGAAAUUGAUGAAACAACACACAAAAACGUACUUGGUUUGCUGAUGGCUACGCCCCCCUCGUUGCAGGCGAAUACGGCACUAGCGAGUGGGCGUCAGGCUACUCCAACGAGGAUACGCCGCUGGAGGUGGGCUCCGGCGAGGGCUGGUCCCUAAUCCAGAAGGGUCUCUUCGGCGGUGUUGUUGUUGCUGCGAUCGUCGCCUACAUCAAGUUCAGCAAGUCCAGGGCCGCAAGAGAUGUCGGCUACGAGAAGACCAUGGCGUAAAGAGGGAUUUGAUAGGAGGAAGCGGCGGGCUUCGACUAGGCUCAGAAAUACAAGACAACAAAUGCCAACCAACAAGAAAUGGCCAGAAUAUGUAAAUGCAAACUACAUCCGAAUGUCCAAUUUGUCGUGAUGUUGACA